AGUUUCACCAAUAGAAACAGUUUCCUCCUUUGGUGUUAGAAUCAGGCUUUAUGGUUCGGACUUCACAUCACACUGGUCCUUUUAUCCAUGGGAGUAACACAAUGGCCUGGAUCAUUACUGCUGCAGUGUUCUUAUCAGCGUUCAGAGCUGCAGGCGGUUUUAACAUCGAUCCUACGGCAUGGAAAUCCUUGAGCCACUCUGCUGCAGGGUUUGGAUACCAGGUGGUGCAAAGAGGACGGAGCUUGCUGGUCAGUGCCCCCCUUGAACAGUACUCAUCAGAUAGGAGGGGGAAAAUAUACACUUGCACCACUGAAACCUGCAGGGACGUGUCCAUUUCAGUGCCAAGUUUUGCGGUCAAUAUGUCCCUUGGUUUGGCAAUGGCAAGUGACCCAGUCACAAAAAGCACUAUGGCAUGUGGUCCAACCAUUCCAAAGGACUGCAAAAGUAUCACUAAAUACAAUGGUGCAUGCUUGCAGAUAAAUGGAAAUGAUAGGGUUGCAUCAAUUAUGCCCUCCUCUCUUGAAGAGUGUCAAAUCAAGGCAGACAUUGCAUUUUUACUGGAUGGCUCAGGCAGUGUAUCAUCAAGUGACUUCAGGAGAAUGAAGGAUUUUGUGAAAAGAAUGAUCAGACCAUUACGGGCAAGAGGUGCACAGUUUGCCGUUGUCCAGUUUUCAUCAUGGACCAGAAUUGAGGAUAACUUUAAAAAUUUUCCCAGAUCUGGAUCUUGGGAAUAUAGAAUUGAUAGAAUUGAUCAAAUGGAAGGAGGCACUCACACAGCCGAAGCCAUCCAACAGGUUGUUCGAGAUGUCUUCUCAUCAUCAGGGGGAUCCAGACCAAAUGCGAAGAAGGUUUUGAUUGUCAUCACUGACGGAGAAUCUAAUGGCCGUCUGUCUUUACCAUGGGCAGUAAACUUAGCUGAGAAUCACAAGAUUAUCCGAUUUGUAAUUGGGGUGGGCAGUGCAUUUUCUCAGAGCAGCGCUAAGAGGGAACUGGAGCUCAUCGCAUCUUCUCCAAAAUCAGACCACGUGUUUAAAGUGAAUAACUUUGACGCACUUUCCAUAAUAAGUGGGAGCUUGCAGGACAGAAUCUUUGCUAUUGAAGGAUCUCAAACACAAGGUGACUCUCUGACUAUGGAAAUGGCUCAGGAGGGAUUCAGUGUGGCUUAUGUCCCAGGGGGGGGAAUUCAGAUGGCCACUGUUGGUGCCAAUGACUGGAGAGGAGGCUACCUGAGAUACUCAGGAGGCACGGAAAGCUACACUCACUCAGCACAGUAUCUGGAGCCUGACAGUUAUCUAGGUUACUCCAUGGCAGUUGCCAAAACAAGUGCUGGCACGUUAACAAUUGUAGGCGCUCCAAGAUACCUACACAGAGGGCUAGCAAUGGCUAUCUCAAGCACUGUCCAAAGGAUUGACCCCCAUCCCUGGCAGUUUCAGCUUGGUGCGUAUUUUGGGGCAGAGAUUUGCGCCGUGGAUGUGGAUCGUGAUGCUGCAGGCUAUACUGAUCUAGUCCUCAUAUCUGCCCCUAUGUUCAUGGACAAAGAUAGAGAGGGAAGGGUUUACAUCUGCAGCUUAACUGGUUUGAAUGUUGAUUGUCGGUUUGAAAAUCCAAUAUUGUUGAAAGGGGAUGAAGAACAAAAAGGAAGAUUUGGGUCAACUCUUGCCCUCCUGCCUGACCUUAACAGUGAUGGACUCAAUGAUUUGGCUGUUGGAGCACCUUUGGAGAAUGAUGGUCAAGGAAGCAUUUAUAUAUUCAAUGGUGAAGGAAAAGGACGACUCAAUCCUACAUACUCACAGAGAAUUGCUGGGUCUGAUGUCCAGAGAGGACUGCAGUUCUUUGGCCUGUCCAUCAGUCAGUCCUCAUUUGACCUCAGUGGGGACAGUUUACCUGACUUGGCAGUGGGGUCAAAGGGCAGAGUUCUCUUACUCAGAUCAAAGCCUAUUGUAAUGGUGGAAACAGAAGUGUCAUUCAGCCCGAACCAAAUUCCCACCAACAAUGCAGACUGCAUAAGUCCUUUGAGGAACAGAGUUCAAAUAUGCUUUCACAUGACUGCGCUCUCAAGAGUACAGACAGCUCAAGCAAGGAUUAAUUAUACUUUUAGCCUGGAUGUCACCCGCAAGGCUCCAAGCAACAGAGCUUACACCCAGGGGAAAAAACAAGAGGAGAGCGGUUCUCUCACUCUUAACCUACGACCACAAUGUGUGACCCAUAACUUCUUCAUUGAGCCUUGUCCAGAGGAUGCUCUCAAUGAACUUUCCAAUGAGCUUAGAUUCACCUUUGAGGGUGUGGCUUCUUCAGCGACCCUCAGGCCAAGUCUUUCCCCGCUUGCUCAAACAACAACUUAUCACCCCCUUGGGUUUGAGAUAAACUGUGGUGCUGACGAAAAGUGUGUUGAUGACCUCAUAGUGGAUUUCAACUUCACCAGCUCUUCAGAGGUAAAAGUGGGCAUUGAUGAGCUGUUGAAUGUCACCGUGUCAGUGCAGAACAGAGAUGAAAACUCUUACAACAGCAGGGUCAUUCUCACAUACCCGGCAGAGUUCUCAUUCAGGAAGUUUACAACACUUCAGGGAAGAGUUGAAUGCAACUCUUUGGACAGUGAAGACGGGUUAAUACGGGGACAGAGUGACUGCACCAUUGACAAGCCUAUUUUCAAAACCAAUGCCCAGGCCGUCUUCAUUGUCUCGUAUGGAAUAGAUACCAACAGUCAACUUGACAGAAAGAUUUAUGUCACUGCAAACGCCACCAGUGGAAAUACUGAGCACGCCACAACAAGUGAACCUUACAAAAUGAAAGAAAUUGAUGUGAAAUACAGCAUUUUUGUGUCACUUGAAAGUUCACUUAGCUACAACAAUUUCACCUUUGGAAAGAAUAAUUUGCAGAAACCAGUCCAUCAUGUCAUCACGGUCAUUAAUACUGUGAGAGCGUUCAAUUUGACUGUGGUGAUCAAGGUGCCAGUGAAGCUUGGUGACAAAGACAUCUGGGUGGAUCCUAGCAGCAUGCAGAUUCCAGGCUGCCAAAGAGACAAAGAUGAGGAACCUACGAUCUUAGAUUUUGUGGAAGAGAUAAAAAAAGAUCAGAAAGUGAACUGCUCCGUGGCCAGGUGCACAGUGUUCAGAUGCAGCAGGUUUAUGGGAAAAAAUCAGCGUAACCUGUACAACCUCACGGCCAACAUUAGUUCAGGAUGGAUAGAGCAGAUUGGAUUGAAAGCGGCCAAAUUUGUCCUGAUCAGCACCACCACUCUGGAGUAUGACAGAAAUCAGUACAUCUUCUACUCAACAGGGUCCAGUAACAACCCCCCUGUCCGAAAGAUUGAGACAGAGGUGGAAGUGUAUCCAGAGACUGACCUCACCAAAGAGAUCGUUGGAGGAUCCAUUGGAGGGCUGAUUCUACUCGCUUUGAUCACUGCUGGCCUCUAUAAGGCUGGGUUUUUCAAGAGCCAGUACAAGCAGAUGAUUGAGCAGGAGGGCGGAGGUGCAGCGGAGGGCGAAGGUGCAGCGGAGGCCGGAGAGGCACCGCCACCAGAACAAUAAACACAGGGACAGGUCACAUCCCACAGACAUUUCCUAAAACUUUACUCACAGUAUAAGCAUGCUGACUGCAACAGUAUCUCCUGUGUGCUAACCGUAAAUUAAACCUACCACCUGUCAUCUUCAACACACUGUAUUUAAUCCAUACUCGAGCAUAAACAGCAUGAAGCUGAUCCAUAAUCAGCUAUGACUGCAUUACUUUAUACUCAGCUUUUCAUCUGAAAGUCCAUUCACUGAAAUGAAAUGACACCUUGGCCUGAUAUUGGAAGUGUACCAGUGUGUGAGAAACAUUACUAAGUCAUCAUAUUCAAUUAAGUUCAUUUGUAUAGUUCAAGGAUACAAGGAUACAAGGAAGUUUAUUGGUCAUUAUACAACAGGUUGUAUAAUGGAAUUAAAAUGUGGUUCCCUCUUGAUUGAUUAAUUGUACUUUUUGUAUAUUUUUGACAUUUGCUGCGUAAUUUUGCUGAUUCUGUAUUUGUACAGUUAUUGAAGCUUUGUAAUAAAAUGUAGUUUGCAUAACAGCCAUUUCCUUGCUAAAAAAUUACAAUAUGUGUUUGAUAUAAUUUUUAUUGAUAGAGUGGAUUUGUACUGUUUUCUAUAGAAAGUGGGCAGGUAACACGCUGAGACUGUAACAGUGAAGGGCUCUAAAUAAACUUGAACUUUUGGAAUAAAUUAUA